AUGCGCCCACGAUGUCCGUUUUGUGGAACUGCUGUCAAAUCGCAGCCCGUUCGCCUGAUCCUUCAGCACAAUGCUGACGAGGAAACCCUGCAGGCCGCAUUUAGCGCCUUUGAUCCCUCCCUGUACCCCAGCCCUCCACUCAGCUCCAGUCCUGAUGCCGUCACUCCCACCUCCGUUGACCCAACACUGCCGCCGCUGGGUGCGCAGUUGAACUGUCCUGACUGA